GAAAAUUUGGAUUGGAAUGUGGGUGCAAAGGCUUGCUUGUUUUAACACCAUUAUGGCAGAAGUCCUUUACGUCCUUUUACAAAUUACAACUAGUUACUUUUGUGUGUGAUGGAAUCUGUUAUGACCAGAGCUUAUCCCUGCUAAAACAUGCAGGGAAUGAUCACUUCGAUCAUGCUAGACUUCGCAGGAUCCGAUGAUGAACUGAAGGAAGCUCUUGCUGAUUUAAGGGCCAUAGAUGUGGAUAUUCUUACACUUGGGCAAUAUUUGCAGGUUUCUUUAUACUUACCCACCCCAUUACACCUGACUGUCAAAGAAUAUGUCACACCCGAAAAGUUUGCAUCCUGGAAAGAAUACGGGGAGUUAAUUGGAUUCCGAUCUGUGGCUAGUGGACCCUUGGUUCGAUCCUCAUAUCGGACAUGUGAGCUCUUUGUCCAAACCAUGGUUAGAGAAAGGGUCAAAAGCUCAACGGUAAAUUGAAGGAUCAACAUUCCAGUUGUGACGUGAGUUUGAGUCAUUAGCAGUGAUUCCAAGAUUUGGUCAUGUUGAUCUGAGCUAUACUAACUAACGAUUCAAUUCAGUGAUGUAGCAGUGGAAGUACUCGAAUGAAAAUAAAAGAAGAAAAGAAGGAAGAAUAAACAACACAGAAAUUAUAGUGGUUCAAUCUCAGGAUAAGAUUUAUAUCCACUGUGAAAGGUCUCUCAAUCUUCUUUAUUGAUAUUGAUAAUAGGAAUA